CAGGAGUUUCCAGGUGAGUCAGUCUGUCCCGUCCUCAGGCUGGUCACGUGGUACAAACAAGGAAAAGAAAAAAAACAGAAGUUUUGGCAAAGUGCGCUCAGGUGCUCUGUUCUCGCGGAGUUUCGCCUUCCUCCACCUGUCAGGUGAGUUCACGCUUUCAGUCCGGGUGGCUGAACCUGCUGAACUUUCCUGCUCCAAACUGCAUUGUAGAAGAAGGUGUGAAGGACACCGAGGAAGACGACAGCCACGUCCCCGGCAUGUAGCUCCGCUCCGGCCGCUCCUCAGCCAGCAUGCGCUCCUUCCUGCGCUCAGUGAGAAACUUGGCUCCUGAGAACAUCCACAUCUCAUCUCUUCCUCCUGGCGUUCCCACAGACCAGGAGCCGGAAGAAACCACGCAACAAGAUGAGAUGGUCAAAACCAAAGAGAAGGAUGUCGUCCGGACGACGCACACCCACAGAGUCUCCUCGCCGUCAGUCUUCCUCCAGAACAACGACAAUGAUCCUCCACCCGCCACUUACUUUGACCAGAAGAUCCCUGUUCCUGAAGAGGACUCUGCGAGAUUAUUCAGCCUGCGGAAACUCUGGGCCUUCACUGGACCGGGUUUUCUGAUGAGCAUAGCUUACCUGGACCCAGGUAACAUUGAGUCCGACCUGCAGUCGGGAGCCAAAGCUGGAUUUAAGCUCCUGUGGCUGCUGCUGUGCGCCACCAUCAUCGGCCUGCUCCUGCAGAGGUUGGCGGCGCGGCUGGGCGUGGUCACCGGGAUGCACCUUGCUGAGGUCUGCCACCGACAGUACCGCACCGUUCCCCGAAUCCUCCUGUGGUUGAUGGUGGAGCUGGCGAUCAUCGGUUCGGACAUGCAGGAGGUCAUCGGCUGCGCCAUCGCUUUCAACCUCCUCUCUGCCGGCAGGAUCCCCCUGUGGGCCGGAGUCCUCAUCACCGUCCUCGACACCUUCGUCUUCCUUUUCCUGGAUAAGUAUGGUCUGAGGCAUCUGGAAGCCUUCUUCGGUUUGCUCAUCACCAUCAUGGCUAUCACCUUUGGGUGUGAGUACGUCAUAGUGGCUCCAGACCAAGGACAGCUGCUGAAAGGGAUGUUUUUGCCCUACUGCGAGGGCUGCGGACCCGUCCAGCUAACCCAGGCCGUCGGCGUCAUCGGUGCCGUCAUCAUGCCUCACAACAUUUACCUCCACUCUGCUCUCGUGAAGUCCAGAGAGGUGGACCGUUCCAGCAAGAAGGAAGUGAAGGAGGCCAACAAAUACUUCUUCAUCGAGUCGGCCAUCGCGCUGUUCGUGUCGUUCCUCGUCAACGUGUUCGUGGUGGCUGUCUUUGCUGAGGCCUUUUAUCAGCGCACAAACAUGGAAGUGUUCACUGUCUGCAAUGAGUCGGGGACCCCCCAUCUAGACCUGUUUCCACUGGACAACAACACCCUGGAGGUGGACAUCUACAAAGGGGGGGUGGUUCUGGGUUGCUUCUUUGGCCCGGCAGCGCUCUACAUCUGGGCUGUGGGGAUCCUUGCAGCGGGUCAGAGCUCCACCAUGACCGGGACGUACUCGGGUCAAUUCGUCAUGGAGGGCUUUCUGAACCUGCGCUGGUCCCGUUUUGCCCGGGUCUUGCUGACCCGAUCCAUCGCCAUCAUUCCCACCCUGCUGGUGGCCAUCUUCCAGGACGUGCACCACCUGACCGGCAUGAACGACUUCCUGAACGUGCUGCAGAGCAUGCAGCUGCCCUUCGCUCUCAUCCCCAUCCUCACUUUCACCAGUCUGCCGUCUCUCAUGAGUGAAUUUGCAAACGGAUUGGUGUUUAAAAUCGGAGGGGGUGUGGUGAUCCUGAUUGUGUGCGUCAUCAACAUGUACUUCGUGGUGGUCUAUGUGACGGCGUUGAACAGCGUGUGGCUGUACGUUCUGGCAGCGUUCCUCUCCUUAGCAUACCUGACGUUUGUGGGAUACCUGGUCUGGCUAUGUCUGAUCGCUCUGGGAAUCUCCUGCCUGGACCCCAGCACCAGAACCCCGAACGACACCACCAUCUUGAUCGAGCAGCAGCCGGAGUUUGACACCUGAGUCCCGCGCUCUUCAGGAGGCAGCACCGCUUUCUGGUCGGUGCGUGGACGCUGACCUCUGCAGUCCACGUGAGAAGGUGUACGCGGGCCGAUAACGACGCUCUCUGUGCAGGAGCGUCUCUGUAGCAAAAUACCAUAGAUGAAGGAAGUAAUGCGCCUACUGCCAAGUAUGGUUUCAGCUUGAACCACUUUGAGUUCACAGAAGUAUUUUUGAACCUAUGAGCAGCUGAACGGCGUCUUCACGUUAGAGUCAAUGCUCCGUUUAAUUCGUCAUUACUCCAAAGAAAUUUAAAACUUUUGUUCCAUGAUUUCAGGCAGUUUUUCAUUAAGACACACCAGUUUAGGAUUAUAAAAGUUGUAUUUCUAGAAGAAGAAAAAAUGUCAGUUUCUGUGGAGAACUGACUACAUCUCCGAAAUAAGAAAAAUCUUGAGCUUGAGGACCAUUUUUAGCAGUUUUUUAAAACCGUUAUUUUGUAUUAUUGUUACUAUUGCUGCAGCCUAUGCAGUUAUUUUUCAUUUGCAAUGUAAAAAAAAUGCAUAUAAAUAAAAUAAUUACAACUGCACAAAAAUAUGUUUUGAAGGAAACUUGAACUUUUCAG